AUGAAGGUUAAACUAACAGCUGUCCUGGAGCCUACACUGUCAGAAUUUGAAGCGGAGCUGAAGUCUGCUGGUGAGAAGCUCGUAGUCGUUGACUUCUCUGCGACAUGGUGUGGACCCUGCAAAAUGAUCAAACCAUUUUUCCACAGUUUGUGUGAGAAGUUUGCUGAUGUUGUGUUCAUCGAAAUUGACGUGGAUGAUGCUCAGGACGUUGCCACACACUGUGAUGUCAAGUGCAUGCCCACAUUCCAGUUCUACAAGAACGGAAAGAAGGUGCAGGAGUUCUCUGGGGCCAAUAGAGAGAAGCUGGAAGAGACCAUUAAAAGUCUAGUCUAAUCUCCAACUGUGGAGACCUGGGAUCAUGACUGCUUCAGCUAAAUUAUAACAUGUAACUUUUCUACUGAGAAAUCUAACCAAGUUAUCUAGAAUAAGUCAUGGAAACUGUCCUUUUGGUCUAUGUAAAUGAGUACAAUAAAGUGUAAAUUCUUCACUUUUGGA